UCUCUCUCUUGUUUAUAAUCAUAGUUUGUCUUUUGAGAAAACAAACCCUAGAAAGAAGACAGCAAUCUGACAAGAUCCAGUUCCAAUCGCCGAUGGGAAUAAUCCGUAGCAGUUUUACCUUCAUGAUUGGGACGGCGUGCGGCAUCUAUGUCGCCCAAAACUAUAACGUUCCCAACAUCAAGAAGCUCGCAAACACGGGUCUCGUCAUCGCCAAACAUCUCGAAGAGAAUUACAGGAAGCCCAAGAAGAGAGACGAAGACGACUGAUUAGCUUUCCCUCACAGGUUUAACGCAAUUUUCUCUCUGGGAAAACGCUUCAUCUCUUUUUAUAGCUAUUAUAUUGUGCUCGUAUUCUACAGAAAGCUGAAGAAUUUCUAUCUGUUGAUUGUAGUUUUGCUCGAUUUUGACUUCUGAUUUCGAAUACGCAUCAUAUGAAUUGAUUAUACUUAAUUUUGAGUAAUAAAACCUUA